CGUAUAAAACUUGAGUUGCAGCAAAGAACGAUCCUGUCACCUCCAACAGGGGAACAGGAGCGCACAGAGGGCGCAUCAUGUCAACAUCAAGUAUGAAUCUCUUGCUGGCCAUCUGUGUGUGCUCCACACUUCCCUUCACUGUCUUGUCUCAGGCAUGGCAAGGAAUGGGUGCAGGAGGCGGAUAUGGAGGAGCGCCUGGUGCUCCGCCAGGUGCUGGUUACGGGGGCUACUUUGGUGCAGCUGCUGGAGCAUGCUUCGGAAUAAGCACAUUUGACCCAUCUACUAAAAUGCUUUGCUGCAGAGGCAACCUGUUCCCGAUAUCCCCUCAGAUGGACACAUGCUGUGGGAAGCACCCAGCCAGCAGGCAGACCAGUCUCUGCUGCAGCAACGACGUUUUCCCCAAAAUGCCGGGCUUCAAGUGCUGCGACAAGCGACCGUACAGCAUGGCGGACCAAGUUUGCUGUGAUGGCGAGAUUUUGCCCAAAAUUCAUCCUCAAUUUACUCAAUGCUGCGAAAAACAUGCUUAUAAUGCCGAAACGCAUGAGUGUUGUCAAAAGGACAUCAUGCCGAGAGAACUCGCCAAAUACAAUCUGAUGUGUCCUUCAGCAAACCAGCAAACACCCCCAGACAACUCACAGAGGGGUCAGGAGGCUCAAGGAAUGAAUCCCGGUCCGCCACCACCCGGGGGCAGAUAUGAUCCUGCUCAUCGUCCUCACCCUUAGUCGCUGAUGUGCGCUUUACGCCUGAAUUCGCAUCACUGGUUCAUCUAUAUGCUGAUGCCAUCGUCCAAAACCAUCUGUCCCAUUAAGAAUAUCUAAUUAUCUAACAAGAUUUAUAUUCCAGCUUUUACUUAUGCUAAUAGUUACUCAAGUUCAGCAAUAGUGACGGACAAAGAUAAAGAUAAAACAAACUGUUUAAAAAUUAAUUUUGCUUAAAAUCUUUGUUUGACAUUGAUAUAUUUAGCCCAAAUAUUCAUUUCGUAAUUUCAGUCUUCAUUGGUGCUGAACAGCUCAAAUGUUAAUACCACAAGUCUUGGUGUACAGAUGAACUUAUAAGUAAUACAAAAAUUCUUUCACUGUUUAUCGUUUAUAGUAUUAUUGAUUCUGUAACAGGAGAAAGGAUAUCAAUAAAUUGUCUAAACUACAA